AUGGGGAGCCUACCUGAACUCCACGUCGUGAUUGUUGGUGGUGGCAUUGCUGGCCUAGCCGCUGCAAUUGCUCUCCGGCAUCUAAACCGGCGCAUUACCGUCCUGGAACGCUCUCGCAUGCUUCGCGAGGUUGGUGCCCUGCUAUCCCUUCAGCCCAAUGCCAGCAAGAUCGUCAGCAAAUGGAACCUGGACAGUUUCCUCCAACGAACAGAGCCACUAAUCGAUGGUGGCUUUCGAAUCUUUGACGCUGAUGGCAAGUGUGUGAGGGAGCUUGCAUUCGAGACAUCUCAAUUUGGUGCGGAUCGCAUCCUUUAUCACAGACAAGACCUACAGGCAGCUCUUGGAGAUGCGGCAACAAGUGAGCAUCUUCCUGGGAAGCCAGCAGAUAUUCGAACUGCGAGCCAAGUUGUGAGUGUCGAUUGCGAAGAGGGAAUCAUCACACUGGAGUCUGGAGAGGAGAUCCAUGGCGACGUGAUCAUUGGCGCAGAUGGUAUUCACAGCGUCGUGAGAACAGCUGUUCUAGGUGAGGAAAGGGGAGCCUUGCCUACCGGGACGUCUGCAUACCGCAUGCUCAUCCCCAUUGAGAAGCUUGAAGGUAUAUCAACUCCUGAAAAGCUACUUGAUGCUCGCGAUCCUUACACCACAAUGAUCAUGGGCCACGACCGACGUGUCAUCAUGGGCCCUGGUCGGGGCGGAAAGCUGUACGGCAUCGUCGCUCUGGUCCCAGAUGAGAAACUCUCCGAGAAGAGCUCGGAUAGCUGGGUCUCUCCGGGGAGCAUCGAAAAACUCCUUGAAGCCUACUCGGAUUUCCCCUCUUGGCUGCACGACAUAUUCCGAGCUUCACCAGACGUUGCAUUAUGGCAGCUCCGUGAUAUUGACCCGCUGCCACACUGGGUACGCGGAAGAGCUAUCCUCAUCGGCGACGCGGCGCAUGCCAUGCUCCCGACUCAAGGACAGGGAGCUUCCCAAAGCAUCGAGGAUGCAGAGGCAUUACAGGCUUUCUUGGCCGAUGUGCAGUCCAGAGGCGAAGUUGGAGCAGCCUUAAACCGAGUGUUUGAUGUCAGGUACGAGCGGGCAUCGCUGAUACAGAAGUUCAGCCGGGAACAAGCAAAGCCAGCGACGGAUGGUGCUUCCAGAGAGGUGAAGUUAGAUCCGGCUCAGUUUCUCAAGUACAACUGCGACUAUGAGGGUGCAUUGGACUGGGAGGACAGGCAGAAGAGAGGGAUAGACAAGCCCUGA